AUGUUCAUGGUGCCUAGAGAACCUAACGUUGGGAUCCACGAGAUCAAGCAUUUGACGAAACCGGAGACUGGAAAAGCCCAGGAUCCUAGUAACAACCAAGAUACCACAUCAGACUCCAAAUUCGUUCUCGAAAGCAAUCAACCAGGGUCUAUAGUUCCACAAGAUAGCACCAGUGCGAAAAAGGAAGAACAGGAGAUAGAGGAUCGCGAGGAGAUCAAGGCAAUUUCAAAGGAGUUAUCAAAAUUAGAUAAUGAAGGCGCAGGCUCGUCGGAGGUGAACAAAGAAAAAGGUCACCUUGGUGACAAGUUGGAGAAGGAGGGUGAUUCAACUGAAACAAAGAAUAGAGAAGCAGUAAAAGAAGGGGAAACGAUUGUCAAGGAUGAGCAUAUAAAGGUGUUUGAUGAGCCCGCUUCAAAAAAGGAAGAGCCUGAGGAAACACCGCUGCUGGCCUACAAAAAAUCCGACGAUAUUUCAUUCACAUCAUCAGAGCAGAGCCGCAACUUGAAUGAUCGUAACAAAGAAUACCAAGCAGGAUCAAAGCCCAAGUCCAACCCAGAUCCCACCAAGAAACAGGCUAAGGCAGACUCGAGAAGGCCUAAAAAUUUGGGCAAAAUCAGCGACAACAGAGUUUUGGGCACGGAAGAUGGCCCACCAGGCUCAAAAAGAAUGACUCAAAGACUGAGGUAG